AUUACAAAAGAAACUUUGGCACAUCAUUGUGUUUUGUAUAUGUUUUUGCCGUUCGGCCAUUCCUUGGUCGGCUUCUUCUCAGUGAUCACUGAAGCAUUACAAUCAAAAGGAAUCAAGAAGGAUAAGGAUGUGGAGGAGCUUUAUUUAUCUAACAGAAACCUGAACGAAAUGAUUGAUUUGAAAAGAUUUAGAUAUUUAACUAAACUUUGGCUCAAUGGAAAUAAGUUGCGAGAAGUAAAUUUUCUGAGCAUAAAUUAUCACCUGUGUGAGCUUUACCUCCAUGAUAACCAGCUGAGCAGUGUGAGUGGAUGUUUGCAGCACCUGACUUGUUUAGUGGUCCUCACGUUACAUAACAACCAGCUGACCAAGCUAGAAACUGUCACAAAGGAGUUUGAAAAGAUGAAAGCUCUCAGUGUCUUAAAUCUGUUCAACAACCCUGUGGCUCAGGAGGCAGACUAUCGUAUGUUUGUCAUCCGCUCCUGUCCCUCACUUACUCUGUUGGAUAGGUCAGAAGUGACCAGAGAAGAAAGUGAAAUGGCCCUGCAGGAUGAAGAGCGUGUACAUGUGAGUUUAGCCUUUGGUAGGAAAUCAGAGGGGCCGCCAUCCAUUUGUUAUCCCAGCAGGCAGGUCAAGUCAGCCAGUGCUAGACCCGCAACCUCUCAAGUUGGUAAUAACAAAAGCUAUCCAACCUAUGAAAAUCCUGAGGAUGCAGUAAACAUGCGCUUGCUAAAAAAGUCCCUGACAAUGUACAGUGUAUUUGACUGGAGCAGGGUGCCCAGGAUAGGUGAAAGAAAAAAAUCAAGUGCACAUUCUCCAAGAAUCAUAACUCAUGUUUAUAGAUGAUUUUUGUCAACGUAGAUGGGGAAGUUUUAAAUGAAAGGAAGAUGUGCUGAACCUAUGUCCAGCUGUCAAAAUAUGCUUUGUUUAUAUUAUGUAACUCUUUCCUGUAAGGUUUUUUUUAUAAUGUUAAGGCAAUAAUAUUGCCUAAUGGUAAUUACUUGGUAAAGUUAUUAUUGCGUGCUGAAACUGGUGUGCUAUAAAAUUAUGUGAUAUUUUUAUUGUUGGAUGCAAUCAGUAUUUAUUUGCUGAUCCCUUGUUGUGAUUAUGUAAUAUAUAAAAAUAUAAAAAUAGUUAAAUAAAUUGUUGUACAUAUACAGAAAAUUCAGUUCA